CAGGAAGCGGGAAGACAUUUACAAUGAAACCACUGCCAUUGAGGGCAUCAAGAGACAUUUUGAAUCUCAUGCACUAUACAUACCGGAAUCAGGGUUUCCAAUUGUUUGUCAGCUUCUUUGAGAUAUACGGAGGGAAACUCUUUGACCUUCUUAAUGAUCGGAAAAAACUUUGCAUGAGGGAGGAUGGUAAACAGCAAGUAUGUAUAGUGGGACUACAAGAGUACAGAGUUUCUGAUGUGGAGAUGAUUAAGGAGCUGAUUGACAGAGGCAGUGCAACUAGAAGUACAGGCACCACUGGUGCCAAUGAAGAAUCAUCUAGGUCACAUGCUAUACUUCAGCUUUCUAUAAAGAAGUCAGCCGAUGCAAAUGAAUCCAAACCAGCCCGACUUGUUGGUAAGCUCUCUUUUAUAGACCUUGCUGGAAGUGAACGUGGCGCUGACACUACUGAUAAUGACAAACAGACCAGAAUCGAAGGAGCAGAGAUCAACAAAAGCUUGCUAGCAUUGAAGGAAUGCAUCAGAGCGCUUGACAAUGAUCAAGGCCAUAUACCCUUUAGAGGCAGUAAGCUAACUGAAGUCCUAAGGGACUCAUUUGUUGGAAACAGUCGAACUGUAAUGAUAUCCUGCAUUUCCCCAAACUCUGGAUCAUGUGAACAUACUCUCAACACAUUGCGAUAUGCAGACAGAGUGAAGAGUCUUUCGAAAGGGAACAACUCCAAGAAAGAUGUGCCAUCUUCAACUAUGAAUUUGAGGGAAUCAACCGUGCUACCUUCUGCAUCAACAUAUGAAGAUAAUAUGGGCAAUUCAUGGUCAGAACAAACAGAGAAAGAUGAGUACCAGGAGGACUUCUAUGAGCAAGUCAAGCAAAUAUCAUCGAGAAAAAAUUUAAAAGUUGAGACACCCAAUGUUUCUAAUCCAGAAGAGAAAAAAAGGAGGGACCAUGACCAAACAAACAAGUGGAAGGAGCCACUUAGAACAGAACCUAAGGUUUGGAAUGAGAAUGAUGAUUUAAAUUCACUUUUAAAGGAAGAGGAAGAUCUCGUCAAUGCUCAUAGGAGACAAGUAGAAGAAACUAUGGACAUCGUAAGACAGGAGAUGAAUCUUUUAGUGGAAGCAGAUCGACCAGGAAACAAGUUAGAUGAUUACAUAAGUGGGUUGAACUCGAUCCUCUCUCAGAAGGCUGCUGCAAUCUUGCAGAUGCAGAACCGUUUAGCUCAAUUUCAAAGACACCUGCAGGAGCAUAAUGUUUUGGCAUCCUCAGACCAUCACUAGAAGUAGAUAACUGGGAUGAUGACACUUUAGUUGGUAAUCCAGCCAGGAGAUGUGGUCUUAUUCUGAAAAGGGCUGCUGUUUUUUACUUUUAGCCCCGCAGUUGGGUUAUUUGUGUGUGAGGUCAUAGGCUCAAAUCUCUCAUUAAGCCCCCCAACACCCAGAAGUGGCUUGGGCCCAGAACCAACCUUUGCUCCAUUUGUGUGUAUUAUAUGACAACAAAUAUUGCAUAGUUGCAAACCUUAUUGGCCAUUUUUAAAGAAAGAUUAAUGUGCUAUUCACUACG